AAAGUUGGUAAUAAGGCACAUCUCUCUCUCUCUCUCUCUCUCCUUUGCCUUUCAAGUUUCACACCCAAAAAGAAAAACAGAACAUGCAGAACCUGAAACAUGGUAUUUGGUCCAUGUCGUUUUCCACUUUUGACCCUCCAAAUUCACUUAAUUUCCACACUUACACCUCCUAAAACCACACUUGGGAGAGGGGGAGGGUAAUUGCUGUUUUUAUUUUUUUUUCAAUGGAGGUGAGCUUCGAUGUUGAAGCUGUAAUGGAGUUUUUAAGGAAAAACGGCUUAAAAGAAGCCGAGAAAGCUCUUCAACAAGAUAUGAUAGAGAAAAACGAAGAUGGGGAAAAAAUGGGUGCUUUUGAUUUCGAGAAGUUCUUGUUCCCGAUGCCACCGCCGGUGAGGAUUCCGGCGACAACCCGACGGUCGGAGGAGGAUGAGAAAGAGAAGUCCGGUGAUGGGUGGGGUUCCGAUGGCGAUGAAUUCGUUAGCUUGAGGUCUUCUUCUAGUGAUGUUUGCUCUUCAGAAUUUGUGAAUCCAUAUGGACUUAAUUCUGCAUCUCAGGCCAAUUCCGAUACAUCGUCGGAUCGAUUAUCUCAAUUCGGGACGGCUCGGGAUUAUCCCGAUUUCGAAAUGCAGAACGACUUGUUUUGGCAUGAGGAGAAAGAUGAAGAUGACUUCAUGACUCCCUGCUUCGCGGGGUCGGACUUCUACGGCUGUCCGAGUCAAGAUAAGUUUGUCACGACUUUGGAGAUGGAGAAGCAACGUGAUAAUACACGGAGUUCGUAUGACAAAUCCGAAGGAUUUGGAACUGAAGAUGGCCUUGAUUACUUGGACAAGCCGUGCCUUUUUAAUAUGACCGGUAUAGACGGAGAAAGUGAUAUUCGAGUUAUGGAUUAUUAUUGUUUCGAUAAAUGUAACGGGCUUGAAGGUGACAAUGACAUUGUACCGGAGUUGAAGGACUGUGCUUACGAUGAAAAUCUUUUGAACUUUGGCUGUAUAGGCUCGAAAGGAACCAAUUUUGAUGAUUUUGAGGUAAAGGUUGCUGGUGAUGUUAUCACGGAUUAUAAUGGAACUUCCGAAUGUAUAUCGAAAACAAACCAUUACACGGCCAAAAGGGGUUCGAAUGAUUGGAUUGAGGGGUUUAUAGGUGAUUCCGAUUUAGUGAACAAGAUUUCCGAGAAAAGUUUAUCGCCGGAUACAAUUGAUACUAACGAAGUUGAAGAUGGAGAACUCAAUGAACCUCAGGUUGCUACAAAUGAAGAGGGUGAUGCUACAGACGAACUUCUAAUGUACUCGAACGAGGAUGAAUAUGAAGAAUUCAACUUACGAAUUGUUCAUAGGAAAAACAGGACCGGAUUCGAAGAAAACAAGGACCUGCCUAUUGUGCUAAAUAGUGUCAUUGCUGGAAGAUAUUACGUAACGGAAUACCUAGGUUCAGCUGCUUUUAGUAAGGUCGUUCAAGCGCAUGAUCUUCUUACGGGAAUCGACGUUUGUUUGAAGAUCAUUAAAAAUGACAAAGAUUUUUUCGACCAAAGUUUGGAUGAAAUCAAACUUUUAAAGCUUGUUAAUAAGCACGACCCCGGAGAUGAGUACCACAUUUUGCGCCUCUAUGACUACUUCUAUCAUCAGGAGCAUCUUUUCAUUGUAUGUGAACUCCUCCGAGCAAACUUGUACGAAUUCCAGAAAUUCAAUCAAGAAUCCGGUGGAGAAGCUUAUUUUACGAUCAGCAGGUUACAGGUCAUAACUCGUCAGUGUUUGGAGGCACUUGAUUACUUACACGAGUUGGGAAUUAUUCACUGUGAUCUAAAACCUGAGAAUAUUCUUAUCAAAAGUUAUAGAAGAUGUGAGAUAAAGAUUAUUGAUCUUGGAAGUAGUUGUUUCCGGACCGACAAUCUAUGUCUAUAUGUUCAAUCUCGCUCGUAUAGAGCCCCGGAAGUCAUCCUUGGCCUCCCGUAUGACCAGAAGAUUGACCUCUGGUCUCUCGGAUGUAUCCUUGCCGAGCUAUGUUCUGGGGAAGUCUUGUUUCCAAAUGAUGCGGUUGUGAUGAUCCUUGCACGGAUGGUUGGAAUGCUCGGUCCUAUCGAUAUGGAGAUGUUGGAGAAUGGGCAAGAGACAUACAAGUAUUUUACGAAAGACUACGACUUGUACCAUAUAAACGAGGAAACGGACCAACUGGAGUACAUAAUUUCCGAGGAGUCUUCGUUGGAGCAUCAUCUUCAAGUAUCCGACGUAUUGUUCGUCGAUUUCGUUAGACAUUUGCUUGAGAUGAAUCCUCGAAGGCGGCCAAAUGCGAGGGAGGCAUUAAAACAUCCCUGGCUUUCUCACUCGUACUAAACCGGAACUCGCCGAAUGGCUGGAGGAACGACAAUUUCGGUGUGUAUAUUACACAUUCAUCGAUCGAUAUCUUAUGAGCCGAGUAUAUUUUCAGAUUUCAAUUUUGGUUUUAUGUAUAGUGAAAACAAAAAAAAAAAAACGAAUCACACUUCAUAUUUAUUCACAUUUUUUUUUGUACAAAACAGUUCACCAAGUCCUUUUUUUUCCCCAAUCCUCUACUUUGUUUUGAGUGACAACAAAAAAGAUGCAAUAAAAUCAUUUUGUUCAUUGAUUGAAA